GCCUUCCAAUAUCUGGAAGUUUUUGAAUUUGUAUUGUUGAUCUGCCCUACAUUUAUACUUCAAAAAUGAUGUUCAUUGAGAAUUAUUGAUCAACUAUCGUUAUUUUAGGUGUUUACAAGGCAACAAACUGUGAUCGUUUAACUUAUUGAUUUUUGUGUUACAUAAUUGAAACAAAUAUAUUUUUACCAUGACCACCCCAAAUAUACAUGUGGACCGUGAUUUGGAUUUAUCCAAUUCAGGAAGAGGUGUAUGGCUUGUAAAGGUUCCUAAGUAUAUAUCUAAUCGAUGGGAGAAAGCACCAGGCAAUAUUGAGGUUGGGAAAUUGAAAAUUUCCAAAGUUUCUGGUCAGAAGGCCCAGGUAUCAUUAUCACUUUCUGAGUCAGUACUUUGCCUCGGUGAAGAAAGCAUUCCAAAAGAACAUAGGCUUGAUGUUUCUAUGGUCACAAGGCAGACCAUGGGGGUCUUUUCACAUUAUACCCCUGGUCCUAAUCCCGAUGAUAUUGUGCCCGAGUCAGAAAAAUUAUGUCUCGAAGGAAAGAUAGUUCAAAAACUUGAAUGUCGGCCUUAUGCUGAUAACUGCUAUAUGAAGCUGAAACUGGAGUCAAUUCGUAAAGCUUCUCAGCCAACACGACAGAUGAAGAAAUUAGAUGGAAUCGUCCAAAAUUUCAAGCCUGUGUCAGAUCACAAACAUAAUAUUGAAUACGAAGAGAGGAAGAAAGCAGAGGGUAAGAAGGCUAGGGAUGACAAGGAAGUGGUUUUGGAGAUGAUUUUCGCUGCCUUUGAGAAACAUCAAUAUUACAACAUUAAAGAUCUCGUUACCAAAACUCGACAACCUGUGGUUUAUUUGAAAGAAAUAUUAAAAGAAGUUUGUAAUUACAAUUUAAAAAAUCCUCAUAAGAACAUGUGGGAAUUGAAGCCUGAAUAUAGGCAUUACAAAGAUUCAGAAGCAUCAACUUCAAAUCCAGAACCACAGACUUAAUGUUUAUUAAAUAAUUCAUUUUGUUAAAAUAUUUUGUAAAUAAAUAAAAUAUGUAAUAAACUUUAUAUUUGCUAUUGUUAAUAUACUUUAUUUUAAACACAUAGUGUUGAUUCAUUCAUGGAUCAUGAAAAAUUUGCUCUCUUUUAUUAAAUUUCUCUUUAUUAACUGUGAAUCCAAAGAAAUGAGUUUUAGCAAUUGUCAGUCAUAAGUCCAAUAUUAAGAUAUUCUCUCUGUUACUACAGAAUUGUUCUUGGUGAACAUAGGUAUUGAGCUUAUAGAGUAUACAGUGGUUAGUUUUAAGCAGGGCUGUCCAACUUACUUAUAUUGCGUGACACAAACAAGUGUUUUUUAUAUUGAGGCGUGGCACAACUUUAACCACCCUCCCUGAUCCUAUGAUACCCUGUCACCUUCACUAUAUUUAUUUCUAAAUAGUGUAGUUACUUGUUUUUAGAAAUGUGUUUUACCCUUAUUUAAAUUUUGUGAAUAUAGUUACAUAAUGGAAAUAGUUAAUCAUUUUUAUUUAUAUAUUACAUUUAUUAAAAAUUGUAUACUGAG